UGCGCUGUCGGUGUUGGAGCUGCCCUGCUGAGAGAAACAACAGGAAGAAGAAGGCAAAAGCGAGAGAAGAGCGUCAGGAAAGAUCGGAUAGAGAAUAAAUACCGUGAGAGAAAGAGGGGGAGUCAGAGAAAGAGGGGAGGAAACUGGGGCACAAGCACAUUAGUGACACACAUUAAGAUCGGCAGGCGGGACCCAGGGAGCGCUGAGGAGACUCCGGAGGAGGCAGGAGAAGUGACAAGACUGGAAAAAGUGCUGAUGGCACCAGUGGGAUUGCGCACCGUGCCAGGACCUCAGAGUGACUCCCCCCUUUUGUUUCCUCCUCCUCGCUCUGUGCACUGUCUCCUUAUCCGUUCUCUGACCCUGUCCCCUCCUCCCUCACCCUCCUCUCCCCCAUCUCUCCCUCUCCCUUAGAGGCUACGGAUCGCUCUCUCUCUCUCUCACACAGUCAGACCGGGGAGAGCGCAGCGCCUGGGUCGCAUCUCCGUCUCUUUCCGGUUCCUCUUUCCAUCUCUCUGCACUCUCUCUCUCUCUCCACCUCCUCUGAUUGUCAUUCUGCAGCUGAAACUCAUUUAGGGGGGAAAAAAGCUCCGCAUCAGAGGCAAAGAGAGAGAGGAAGAAGAAGGAAGAAACAGUUGGGGGAAUAAAUUGGGGAUCCCUCAAUGAGCUGAGGAGUCUUUGUUCUUGGAGGCUUUUGAUGAUUGACCUCUUCUGUUCUGCUGCCUCUCUUCUGCGAGGAAAUACUUAAAAUGGAAUGCUUGGUGUGAGCACAGAAAAGGAAGAAAGAGGUUUUGCAGGUUUAUUUUGCUGCACGGAACAAAGUGGUGCACAUGGAGACACAGCGGCUGAAGACUUAAUCCAUUUACAAGGAGAGAAAAAAAAAGCACUUCAGAAGAAACGGGAAAACCUCAACACAGACCCUGAGCAGAAGAGGACGAGAAUCAAGAGAGGAAAAGAAUAAGGCAGUUUGAGACUUUCCUGUUUCCACUUCUUGUGUGGCAUCUGUAGUUUUCUUCUCCUCUGCUCCACAAACUAAAGCUGAGCCAUGCAGGUGUCCAUCGCCUGUACGGACCACAACCUGAAGAGAGGGAAUGGAGACCACAGCAAGCAGAGCGCCACCAGCCCCAACGUGGUCAACCAAGCCCGGGCCAAGUUCCGCACCGUGGCCAUCAUUGCGCGCAGCUUCGGCUCCUUCACUCCGCGACACAUCUCACUGAAGGAGUCCACGGGGAAGCACACGGGCAUGAAGUACAGGAACCUUGGAAAGUCAGGACUCAGAGUAUCUUGCUUAGGACUGGGUACGUGGGUGACAUUUGGGGGACAGAUAACAGACGAGGUUGCAGAGCAGCUAAUGACUAUUGCCUAUGAGAGUGGAGUCAACUUGUUCGACACAGCUGAGGUCUAUGCAGGCGGCAGGGCCGAAAUCAUUCUAGGAAACAUUAUCAAGAAGAAAUGCUGGAGGCGAUCCAGCUUGGUCAUUACAACUAAACUCUAUUGGGGAGGAAAAGCAGAGACGGAGAGAGGACUGUCAAGGAAACACAUUAUUGAAGGUCUGAAAGGCUCUCUACAAAGGAUGCAGUUGGAGUAUGUAGAUGUAGUUUUUGCCAACCGCCCAGACAGCAAUACUCCCAUGGAGGAAAUUGUUCGAGCCAUGACCUAUGUGAUAAACCAAGGCAUGGCGAUGUACUGGGGGACGUCUCGAUGGACGGCCAUGGAGAUCAUGGAGGCGUAUUCCGUGGCAAGACAGUUUAAUCUAAUCCCUCCGGUGUGUGAGCAGGCAGAGUAUCAUCUCUUCCAGAGGGAGAAAGUAGAGGUGCAACUGCCUGAACUUUACCAUAAGAUAGGAGUUGGGGCGAUGACGUGGUCACCGCUGGCGUGCGGCAUCAUCACAGGAAAAUAUGAAAAUGGCAUUCCUGAAUCUUCCAGGGCCUCCAUGAAGUCCUAUCAGUGGUUGAAGGAGAAAAUAGUAAGUGAGGAUGGAAGGAAGCAACAAGCCAAGCUGAAAGAGCUCAACCACAUUGCAGAGAAGCUGGGCUGCACCCUGCCUCAACUGGCUGUCGCAUGGUGUCUAAGAAAUGAAGGCGUGAGCUCAGUCCUUCUGGGAACAUCCAACCCUGAACAGCUCACUGAGAACCUCGGGGCCAUACAGGUCCUUCCUAAGAUGACCUCUCAUGUGGUGUCUGAGAUCGACCACAUCCUGGGCAACAGGCCGUACAGUAAGAAGGACUACCGUUCUUAGACCAGGUUGGUGAGAUACCCAAGCGGUCAGCUGUACCUACCUACUUAACCAUACUGCUACCUUGGACCCUCCGUUCAGUGUUCAUGUCCAUGGUUCUCUCCUUGGGCCCCACUUCAGCUCCAGCCCACUUCAGCCUGGAACAGACAGCCUUGCUAAGUCCAGCGUUGCAUACUGUAACUAUGUCUGUUUGAGACUCGUCCUGCUCAGAUCAGCUCUACCAGGUUCAUCUCAGGUGCAGUCCAGCUCAGCCAAGAAAUGCUUAAACUCAGCUUUUUGCAGCCUCAAGUGAAACUUUAGUCCAUUUGAUUAGAUUCAAAUUUUGUGCUCCCCUGCCGAGGUCUUACCGCCAUUCACCAACAGCCCAUGCAAAUGUAACUAUGCAGAACUUAAACUAGUCCAUAGUAGACUUCACUACAUCCCAGUUUGACUCCAUUCAGGGCUCUUAUGUUGAAACUUAAACAGCUGAACAGAUUUUCACUUCAGUUAGAUGGCAAGGUUUCAACUACAGCUCUGUAUUUUUAGAGAUAUUCAAUUUCACAUUCAAAUACAGUUAGUAGAUGACCACAGAGAAGCAAUGCAACAAUAUUUAAAGAUAAAGUGCCUUGCUCAAGGCCAUCCUGUUAGUAGUUGCUGAAUGAAAUGCUUAUCAUUCACAUUUACUACCCACACCCACCCAUUUAAUUUCAUGGCCCAGACCUUCAGUUUUCAAGCUUGCUUACUUAAAGUCCAAACUUCCGGUCACAAGUAAUUUAAUUUGAGCAAAAAAAUUCCUGCUGGAAGCAUGUAUUAUUUAUGAGAACUACUGUACAGCAGCUGAAUACAUCAAUGCAAGCAGCUUAGACUUAGGAAUUACAGGUACCUCAUGGAAGUGGACAUGAAGAACCUUCAGUUGCAUGCUGAACACCCCUAGUCAGUCAGUGCUUUCAUUAAAACGCUAUGCAGUGCAGCAAACAAAAUUACCAUAAGACCAUAAAACUUUCACCUCCUGUGUCAGAGGUACACACUCAAGUCAUGGGUUAAAAUGCUUUCCCCAUGAAAUUUGGGGUGUAGCAAUGACAAGGUGACCCGCUCAUGCUUCAUGAAAACUGAGCUUUCUGAAUAUAAAUCCCUAUUAGCUUGAAUUAUGUUCCAACUACCUACCAAAUAUAAUCUGUCCCAUAUUUAGUAUAGUACUAAAUAGUAUUCAGUAAAUGUUAUAGGCUGCAAAUCCUGAGCAUAUUAACCAACUGAUGCAUGUUUUUCCCUGCUAUAGUGUGCCUCUUUCUUCUUUUUGACAAAGCACAUGAUUAAACAGUCUGAUCGAAAUUACUGCAAGCUUGUCUACUGUACGUGACCCCCAGUGAAGCAGAGGAUUGUGGGACAUUGAGUAUUGAUGGGAAUGGAACGCUGAGAGAGUGAAGCAUAUCGCCCCCGUGUGGUCUUCUUAAGAGAAUGCUACUAUUCUUCACAAUUAUAGGAGAGAAAUGUUGCUUUGCAAAAUAUAUAUGGACUCCUUUCUGAAUUUGCAUUCAUUAUGGAGACGAUCGUUUCUGCUUGUGAACGGAACCUGCGUUGCUUCAAAGAACCUUGAAGAUAUGAACUCAAGCAUAUGAUAAAUAUAUAAUAAAAGAAUGACUGACCUCUGGUUUGGUCAUGUUAGAAUAACCACAAAAAUGCUUGUUAAUGGCACAAUGUGGCAUAGAGACAAGGUAUUUGCGAUGUGGCAAAGAUUACAGUAUUUAUUCUAGAGUAGAUAUUAAAAUUUAUUUUGACAUCUUGAAAUAUUGUUUUUGUUUGGAGAUGUAACAUGUACAUAAAAAGUUAAAGCAUAACUUGUAACAUAAGCAAAACCAUCAAGAAGCCUCUCUUGCAUAUGAGGACUUCACUGUACUGUAUGGCUAAUAUAUAAAUAAGAUGUAAAUAGAGUUAUUUUGUUGCUCCUCUGCAGUAUCGCUGCAUCAUUUGCAGUGUUUUGAGUCACUGUUCAUCCCGUCCUCCUCCUCCAGUCUGACUUUAUACCGUCACAGGAUUGAUUUCUGUCUCCCGAAAGAUAUGUCAGAGGACUAUUUAGAGGGAGAAAGAGUCAAUUUUGUUUUUUCGUUGUGAAGUCAUUUAUGAAUUCUGUAUUAAUCAUGAAGUUAUUUUUAAAACUGAGCUUCGGCUAUGAGAUGUGAAUAAUUAGUUUAAAUGUUUCACCUUGAAUCAUUUUCUCUGACCAGGAGGAUUCACUCUCAAAAGUUGACGGCUGUUGUCUAACUGCAUUAUAUUCGUUCCGUUUCAUCUGGAAAACAAGCCAUCACUGAGAUCAGCAGAAUAGUCGGCCAGGUUCCAGCUGAGUCACCGUCUUGUCCUUGAUGUGCAUUUGUUGACUUAUAACACACCUUCUAUGUUUUAAUCAAAAGAAACUGCAAUGGAUAACAACCACCUAUAGGUCUGCCAAAAAUACCGUUACACAAGCCAGCCUUGGUCUCACAACUUAAUCAAAGAAGUCUGGCCUUGGAUGAUGAGUAGACGUGAACCUGCACUAGAAACUAAAACAUGCUCUUUUCUCUUAUUUCUUCCCCUUGUUCCAUCUAUGACAAUAGUAGGUGAAUCAGUGAACGUAUCACUGUAUCACUUGUUCCCUUUACUGUUACAUCUUGGUGGCAACAAUAUGCGACCAUUAUUUAUGUCACGUUUGCUUUCAAGUCAACAAGUUGCCCAUCAGUUUAAGUCAGUGAUCAGUCAGCGCUGGACCACGGCCACCCGGCAGAGUGCCUUGACUUGAGUCCCGCUACAUCAUUAAAUUCAGGGAUGUCUUUCAUUACAAGUUGGUAAAUGAUGUUUGGGUGCUGGCCUACAAAAUAAUGUAACAACAGAAUCAUGUUUAUGCAAAUCACAGAUGCAGAUUAUGUUUCAUUUCCUUAUCUACCGUCACUGACAUCAGUUGAACAAAGUGCAGAGCAGCAACAUACAUCAUAAAGCUGCCUCCAAGUCAAGGAUAGGAAUCCUUGGAUUGUCACUGUUCUCUAUUGUGCUUUAGAAGGUUACUUUGCUCCAUCUUGGUCCUUAUUUUGUGCUGCAGCAUUUCAGUCACAUUAUGGUAAAUUUGAUUCUUUCAGUGGAUUUCUCCUCCUUGAACCAGCCAUUUGCUUCACACACAUCAGUGAUAAUUUAAUAAAACUGGACAUUCUGUACUGUCUGCAUGAAGGGUGGAUUUUUGUCCAUUGUCUUCUCAAUUUCUUAAUACUUUCACAACCUGAGAAACAAAUAUAAAGGCCAGAAUGGAGCGAAGCAACACUAACUUCAUCCAUGCCUGAUUUUCGACUAACUGCAAGUUGGCACAUUGACUCCUUGAUUUCCUGUUUUUGUACGACUCCAACCUAAACCAAUUAAGAUGUUGUGUAAUGUGUACUACAGAUGAGUGUUUGCUACAAUAUGUAGAUGAGUGGGUGGGAAAGACUUGAGGGACAUUGAGUUUUGUUCUUUUUGUUGUGCGACAUGCAAACGAGUGUAUCGUUUCCUCUCUCGAACAGUGGUUUCUCUGUAAAUAGUCUAUACGAAAGUGUGAUUCUAAAUAAAUGCAUUGCCAAUGGAAA